UCUGUGCCACUGUUCUCUUGUCUCUAGGUGAUGAAGUUUGGUUUGGCCCAAGAUGGCUUCCGCGCUGUUGCUGGGCAACGGAUUGAGUAUAGUUAGACGGAGACCGCAGUUAUGCUAGAGGUGUAGGCAGUGACAGAGAAGAUGUCAGAAAGCAGAGGUCAUUUGCAUUUUAGACUCAAUUAUGCAGAGGAGUUCAGAAUCAAAAAGGAGCUGGAAAAAUUGCUAAAGCCGUCCCAGAGGGAUUUUAGACAUGCCACAAUGGAAUCUCGCCCAGGGAGUAACUUGCUGUCACCCCUUACUGAAGAGUCACCUCUACCCCAAACUGGAUCGUUUGGUUGUCUCAGCAGUCCAACAACUGCAAUUGCAACUAAUCUAUACAAGGCAAGUUUGCAGUCUGGGUUUGCUGGACUUCAAGAAACUAAUACUGAGUGCAUGAAGAAACCUGUGAAUAUGAAACUUAAACCAUUAGUAAAGCUGCCACAUCAACAUCAUCAGGAUGUCCUGCAAGACUCUGCACACCAUCAAGAGCCUCAGAGUGAAUAUGUUUUGCCAAAAUCCACAGAAAUGGACAACCAUGCCAAAAGGCCAGCCAUUGCGCCCAUGCUAGGAACAACAAAACCUGUUUUGGCGUUUCCUCGUCCAGAACCUCCAUCAAAACCCCGGUCGUAUAUCUCUCAGGUGUCCUCUAAACCAGCUGUUUCAGCAAAGGUAAAAACACCCCAAAAGAAGGAAGUCAAUGUUAGAAAAACGAUAAAACAUCCAUUUUUUGAAAAAAAGAAAGAUGAAGAUGCCAUAUCAUGUUCUACAUCAGCUACAGACAGCACUGUUAGUGAUAGCUCUUCAGAAACUGAUUCAGAUGAUAGUAAUGACUAUAAAAAUAGAAGAAUGAAGAAGAAGAAAGUAGCUAAAAAGAAACAUGAUUCUACAGUUUCCCCUUUAAUGCCUUUUGCAGAACUUUUUCCAGGCACAUCUGCAGCACUUUCUCAAGGACAAGAUGGCACAGAAGAACAAGGACAGACAGAGUUUACUUUAGAAAAACCAGAGGCAAAGAUUUCUGCUUCUUUACAGGCGCCCAUUAGAGCCACAGCUAGAACAGUGGAUGAAAUUAUUUCCUCUCUACGAACUCCUCUUGCCUAUGCUCCUAGUGACUCCGAUUUAAUAAUAAAGCGGUUAAUGGAGAGCGUAGGGUUAAACUACGACAUCACUUAUGGGGAACUCACUCAAGAGAGAACAGAGAUUCAAAUAAAGGAAUGUGAUAAACCAGAGCCAGAUAAUAAAGAAAUUGCUUCCACCCACCAACUUGCUGACCAGAGUUCUGAUUCAAGUUUGGAAAGGAUCAGUUCCCCUGCGUUGAUGAAACAUGAGACCGAAUUCAUCACUGAAACAAUCACCCUGCCAAAAGAGGAAUUUAAGCCACAUUUGUCAGAAGAAGUAAUGACUGAAGUUGCAGCCAUAAAUGCCCUUAAGUUACCAGCACAGGUGACCUUUUCAGACAUCAUUCAUGUGAAAGGAGGUGCAGCGCCAGUGACGAGACGGGAGCCACCAAAAAUUCCCCCUUCUGCAUCGCUGCUCGCCACCUGGGAGCCAAGAAGCAAGCAACAUGGGCAACAAACAAUCCAUCACUUCUGCACUGUAUCACCGAACUAUGUUUUACCAAGUUCCCUGCAGAUGGCUUUGCGUGUGCAUCACACAGUAAGCAGGAAAGGCCAUAAUAUCUUCAGUAUGCACCAAGGAUUUCCCAGUACACAGAGAGAGGACAGUUCUGAUGAUGGUCACAACUAUUCACACAUCCAAACAACAAUGGGAAUUCUGCAACGUGGACUUCCGGUGUCAGCCUUACAAGCUCAAGACCAGAAGAGCAGUUUUAUCACACACCCACCUCACAGUGCCCGUAGCAUAGAGGAAUGGCAGAAAAUAGCAGAAUAUUAUGUAGAAGGGCCACGAAUGGAGCUCGUUGGGCAACAGGCACAGCUGCACUCUGAAACCCAAAGGAUGUUCUGGGCUCCAGCUCCCCCAAAAUUCUCAGCUCCACUGUCACAGAUUCAAAACAAGCUGUUUUCAAAGUAUGAGAGUUGCGUGGAGGAUCUGGAUAGGACAGAAGAGUUCUCAGAGCAACAGCAAAGAGAAUACUUUUACUCAGAAAAUGAGCAAGAAGACAUAGAGCACCGGGACAGAGUAUUAUUCUCAAGGUCCAAAUCAUUGCCAAACAUCAGUGUCUCUCCUAUCUUUCCAGUUAAUGGAUCAUUACAGACUUCUCUUUCCGCGUCUGCACCAGAUAUAUCUGACCACAGCGAAUCCGCAUUUCACCUGGCAUCUGAUUUCAAGACAAGCAUGAAAGAGCUAGAAAUGUGGAGACAGCAGUCAUUUAAGGGGACAGUGGCUACCAAGGAUGAACCAAAACCUAGUUCCAAUCUUGCUUUUAGUCAUGGCACUGAUGAUGCUCUUACUGGGCAUAAGCAAUUGGAUGCAACAACAGCCCCUGAGAAAACAAAUUUAGUAUAUGUUACUUCUCUUAAGAAAAAGCGAUCAAGAAAAAAGAAGAAAUCACUACAUCAAGUAAAGUUGCAGUUUGUGUAUCAGGAGUUAAACCAGCCACCACGAGCCCUGGAAAGAUCUGAAUCUCUCAUAUUAUUACCAGUCAGUUUUCCAUCCAGUUAUAGAGAAAAUCGAUAUUCAAGGAGCUCCAGCCUACCACGAAGGCUUGACUUUUCCUCAUUUGUAAAAAAAUAUGGUGGGAUACAUGGUAAUUCAGUAGUUCGUGAAUGGGUGCGAGAUAUUUGGAAUACAUGGUUUGAUGAAGUAUUCCCACCAAGCAGUGCAUCUUCAGAUAAUGAGGAAGAGCAGCCUUUCAGGAUAAGUGAAAUUAUUGAGGGCUUAAUCAAGAAAAGUAUUUCUUGGGCACAAGAUUCUGUAGAACCUGUACUAAUCGAGGAUCCAGGAGCAUUAGUGGAAGACCUGGAGAAAGAGAUAGCACAUCUGACAGCUCUCAUAGAUGAAAAAGAAAUACCCUGUGCAUUUCAUUGUUGCAGAAAAGGUGCACUGAACAGGAAGUUGGGAAAGCUAAGUCUGGCUAUUCAAGAUCUAAAUCUGGCAAUAAGUCUUGAGCCACAGUUAUUAGAUGCAUAUUGGAACCGCCAUUUAAUUUACUGUUUGCAAGGAAAGACAGCAGCAGCACUGGAAGAUCUGAAUAUUAUUAUCAAAUUAAACAAAUCAUACACAGAUGGCUACCUGUCCAAAGCAGAAAUUUAUAAGCAAGAGGAGGAUUAUACAAUGUCCAUUCUGAGCUACACACAGGCUCUCAAAUGGCGCCCAGAUGAUGAUGAAAUAUACUUCCGCAGAGCACAGAUGUACGAGGCCCAGGAUGAAUAUAAAAUUGCAAUGGAUGACUAUGCAAAGUGUUUUCAUCUCAACCAAAGCCGCGUCGAUGCUCUUCACAAGCAUGGUGUAUAUUACUUUGAGAACUGCAACUGGAAGAUUGCUGUGCAAGAUUUUUCUGCUCUUAUCAAACAGGACAUCAAUAAUGUUGAGGCCAGAAUAUUUCGUGGAAGGGCACACACCCAACUGGCCAAUUAUACAGAAGCAGCAGAGGAUUUUUCAGCUGCCAUUCACCUGAACCCCAGCAACUGGAUGGCUUUCUAUUACCGAGGGUGUUUGCUGCGUAAAUGUCUUCCUUGGCAGGCUGUGCAGGAUUUUAGCAUCUCUGUGCUUCUUUGUGACAGCUGUAAAAACCUGAAUGCAUUCUUGUACCGUGGGAUUUUGUAUAUAGACAUGGGCUUAUGGGCCGAGGCCAUAUGUGACUUUGAACGUGUUCUUGCUCUGGAUAGGACUGUUGUCUUGGCCCACAUGAACCUUGGCUUGAUCUCACUACUGAAUCGAAAAGAUUAUACCCAAGCUAUCCAUCACUUUACUGCUGCACUUAUUGUUGAUCCACUUUAUAUAAAAGCCUAUUUGUGUAGGGCUCAGGCCUUCCAACAGAUAAACAAUUUGAAGAAUGCAUUGAAAGAUAUAACUCGUGCCAUUCACUUGCACCCUGACUCACCACAGCCCUACCUUAUUAGGGGUCAGUAUCUGUAUGAAAUGAAAAAAUACAAAUUGGCCAGCUUCUGUAUCAACUACGCAGCUGAAAUGACUCAAGGUUCCUCACCAGUUCAACAAGCUUUGGUCCAGUCCUUCCGCCAACAAUAUGGCAAUGCAAUUGAAUGCCUAGUAUCAGCUGUCCAAGCCAAACCAGUCCCAGCCUUGAUGAUUCUGCUGGGAAAAAUACAGAUGAAGGCAAACAAAAGCAAGGAUGCAGUGAAAACCUUCAGAGAUGCCCUGGAGAUGUUUAAAUCAUCACAUGAUCUCAUUUUAUCAUCCUCAAACAAAGCAGAGAUCUUCUUUAACCUGGGACUGUGUUACAUGGAGCAGUUUGAUUUCCAAAAGGCUCUUGAGGCUCUUACCAGUGCAAUUAAAGUUUGCUCGAGAUUCCAUGAAGCCUAUUAUCAGCGUGGGAUUUGUCGCAUGCAUCUUCAUCAAGCAAACUGUUUGGAUGAUUUCAACAAAGCACUGGAAAUCAACUCUAAUUACUUCCAGGCCUUAUUGUGUCGUGCUGCUUUCUAUGGCUUCAGGAAGAGAUACUCUAAAGCUAUCAUGAACUGCAAUGCUGCAAUCAAAGUCCAGCCACGCAGUGUGAGAGCCUACCUCUACCGGGGAUCACUGAAAUACUACAUAAAGGCUUACAAAUUCGCUGUUCAAGAUUUCACUAAAGCUGCUGCAUUGGAUCCAACCUGCUCAUUAGUAUAUUAUAACAGAGGAGUCUGCUAUCAUCAGAUUAAGAUGUAUGAUGAGGCUCUAAAGGACUAUAGCAUUGUACUGCUUCUUGGUGGAUGGAAGGAGGUUGAUACCAAAGUUCUUGUGAACCGUGGGUUACUUUACCUAGAACUUCAGGAUUUUGCCAACGCCCUUGAGGAUUUUAAAUGUGUGGCUUUACGGACUCCAGGAGACAUAAAGAUUCAUCUGGUGAUUGGAAACUGCUAUCACAGAUUACAGCAGUAUGAAGAGGCAGUGCAAGCAUUUAAUCAAGCGCUGAACAUAACUCCGCUGUCUGCUGAGGCAUGCAUUGGCCGUGGAAAUGCCUAUAUAGAAUAUGGCCACCAAAGUGGUACUGCACAAGCUAAAUGUGAUUUUGCAAGGGCACUUCAUCUAAAUCCCAGCUGUGUGGCUGCCCGGAUCUGCUUGGGGUAUACUCUGCAAGCUCAGGGGCUUUUUCAGCAAGCUUGGAAUCAUUUCACAGUGGCUCUUGAUAUUGACCCUCGCAGCAUAUUGGGAUUUGAGGGGCGAGCGAUUGUCAGCCUGCAGAUGGGAGACACCUUUGCUGCUCUUCAAGAUAUGAAUGCUGCUUUAAAGAUUUGUGGUUCAGCACAACUACUCACAAACCGUGGCGUGAUUCAUCAGUUCAUGGGGAAAUUACCAAAUGCAAUGAGAGAUUACCAGGCAGCAAUCACAGCAGACCCAGAGUAUUCACUGGCAUAUUUCAAUGCAGCCAACUUGUAUCUACAUAACCGACAGUUCACACAGGCCAAAGAAUACUACUCAAGAGCUGCGGCACUUGAUCCUGCAAAUGAGUCGGCAGUUCUGAACAGGGGCAUUACAAAUAUGCUAUUGCAAGAUGGGCAGGCCGCGUUGCAGGACUUCCAGCUUGUCCUUAAUCUCUGUCCUGUUUCCUCUGCUGCUUACUUCAAUCGUGCCAGCGUGUAUAACACUCUACAGCAGUACCAGCAGGCAGAGAGUGACAUCUCACAAGCUCUAAAUUUGCAACCAAAUGACCCACUGAUGUAUAAAUUAAGGGCUGACAUAAGAGGAAAACUGGGAUUAACCAAAGAAGCAAUUGAGGACUAUGAGCAUGCUAUAACACUGCUAGGACAAUCUGCUCAGUAUUAAUUCUUGGAGAGAAUACAAGCUUCAGACUGACAGGGCAAUUCAUUCCCUCCAUUACAAGAUGUAUCUGAAAUGGUUUUGGCUUCUGUACACUGCUAAGUAACCAAUGAUUCCAGAAUUCAGUAACCAGGCAUCCCCUUUUGGGGUUGCAUAGAAACAAUUAUUUAUAUAAAGGUAUAGCAGUGAUGCCAUAGAAACAGCAUGCCAUAAAAGUUAUUGCUGUGUCUAGUGAGUCUGUGGCUCAGCAUGUGGCAUUGACAUGGAAAAGGAAUAAUAGAUAGUUUGGGGAAGGAGGGAAACUGAUUCACAGGCUACUGUGCAUUUGGGGGUAGAUUUAUCAAAGUUUGAAAUGAGUUCACCACUUUCUGUUCAUUCCUAUGAAUUGAAAGUGGGUGCGUUUUUCUGUGGUCACACUAAAUCUUCUCCUUGGUCUGGUAAUGCAGCAAGUUAAGCAUACGCUAUUGUAAUUAUAUUGGCAGAUUUAAUAGAUCAGUACAUGGUAGCAACCACCAGCCACAGCUGUGUUCAACAGUUGCAUGGCUUUAGUAUUAAGUGACACCUCCCAACACAUUUAUUACAAUUACACAUUAAUAUAUAAUGUUUAGUGAUGAGUAAAUUGAGAAAAACUUGUGAAACUGUAACAUUUUUGCCAAAUUAAUAGGAAAGUGAAAUUACAAUGUGGUCAAUGGUUUUUAGUACUGCAAAUGCAUAUACAUUUUGCCCUGCUUGUUAGAGAAGUUAUUUUCCAUUGUAAUACAGCUGUUCUUCAUAGAAAUAAAUGACUCCCCUGUUGCUAGUUUCUCCGAACAUGAUGUCCAGAGACAGCGAGGGCUCUAAUCUAUACAGUAUAAUAAUAAGGUAGACUUUUUUUCCCACCAGUUGAGAAAGCUGGAAUUUCUCCACGUAUAUGUCCUGGGCGAAAAAGUUUGCUCAUACCUAGCAGCUGCUUUAUAUAUUCUGUUAUGCAAACCAUUUUAUGGGUGGCAAGGUGCCUUUCUCUCUUUUCCCUUACAAAAUUACCAGUUCAUGUAUGGAGCAUAACCAAAGCAGGCUCCUUCACAUACCAAUCUAGCAGGUGAUUUCUAGAUCUUCCUAGAGAUACAGUUGGUUGGUUGCAGUUUUUGCACUGAAGAACAGGACAAAUGCAAGCGGGGAUAACCGGUGUGUUUAUUCAAACAUAAUGUUUUGGGGACACACCCUUAAUACACAAAUUUGUAUAUAACAAGAAAAUUGAGACUAACCCAUAUUAGAUAGUCCAUAGUCCAUGAUUAGUAAAUAAACUUUUACAAACACACUUUUAACAUUAAUAGUUUGUCUGUAUGACCUUAUUCUGGACAAAGUUCUUUUGUCUAUUAUGAAAAUGUGAGAAUAAAAUACAUUAGCAAGUCAUA